AUGUUCGCUUCUACAAUGCUUAGAGUUCGCUCUAUAAUUCGGCCUACGGUUGGACUAAGAUUUAUGUCUGCAGAGACCAAGAAGGCCAUCACAGAAGCAGUAAGCUCGGCCCCAGUAGUUCUCUUUAUGAAAGGAACACCAGAAGCACCAGCAUGUGGAUUUUCCAGGGCUACCAUCCAGAUGUUAGGACAGCAGGGUGUUGAUCCUGCAAAAUUUGCUGCCUAUAAUGUUCUUGAAGACUCAGAUCUCAGACAGGGAAUCAAGGAGUACAGUGAUUGGCCAACGAUUCCUCAACUUUACGUUGACAGCGAGUUUGUUGGAGGAUGCGAUAUUAUUAUGAGUAUGGCGCAAUCUGGAGAGUUGUCAGAAGUCUUGGAGAAGGCCAAUGCUUUAGUUCCUGAGGAAGAAGAGAAGCAGUAA